AGCAAAAAUGCCACGCUCUGCAACCAAGCUUCAAACUGACAAGCACAGACGUAGGUCAUCUGUACAGGUGAUCUCACCUGCAGCACAAGAGCAGAAAGGGGAAGAUAUAAUCCCAGGUCGCUUGACCCGGACCCAGUGGACAGAUAUGUUGCUUCAGGAGGAUGCAGAUGAGGCAGUGGGGGAAAUCUUAGAUGAACUGCUGAGGAAGGUCAUGAAAGGAUGUCUUGAUGUGUAUACUGAGAGCCAGCUACCAACUUUCUCCGCAUCUUGGGCCAAGAGGUACCUCACACAGAUUGUAGAACACCAAAUCUUGUGCCUAGAUGAGGGAGAAGGACCAGGCGAAAGAUCAAAAACGGAAGAUUCUGAGCCUGUGCCACCAAUUUCCGAUGCCUGGGCUCAAGGAUGUGUGCCUGUUCUUAUCCAUCAACAACAUCUUGCUGCACAGGAGGUUGCAGGAGGUCCAUCACCUCGGGUCACCCCACUGCUUCAGCCCAAGAUCUGUGACAGCUGAUUAGAAGACGUGGCAAUGUCUGUGGUUGAGCCACACAUUAAC